AUUCGAUUCCUUUUCUCCUGUGAUUUUUGUUCUCGGCGUGAAAAGGUACCGUUUUGUAACGGCCGCAAUCCCGGUACCGGUCCUUUUUUCGAAACCUUGGGUAAGAUUUAUUAUGUUAAUCUCAAUCACACUAAGGCAAUGCCAGCUCACCACAAUGAUGUUGGUUCUGUUAUGUCAGAUUCGUUAUCAGAGAGAGAGUUGUCCACUAUAUUUUCUUAGUGAGCCAGUCAAGAAUUGCAUAAUCUGCUCCUCUAAUCUAAAUGAACAUGCAUUUCUCAUACCAGCACACACAUCGUCGUCUAGGGCAAGUGCAAACAGUUUUGUUUUUCAGGAUACCUGAUUUACACUGUACACAUUGCUAUCAAUGAAUCCAGUUCCUUUUCAGUCUGCACCUCCGCCACCACCACAACUUUUUCUUGAACCUAUGCAGCUUCCAAUAUUACCACCCGAACCACCAAAGUCAAGUUCCUUUUGGGAGACCAGAAAUGUCUGUGAUUGGUUCAGGGAAUUGCAAGAUACUCUAAAUCUUGCAAAGGGAAUGCAAAAGGAACUAGAGAUGUUGAAGACGAUCAAAGAGAGUAAAGGGCCUUUAGAAGAUGUAACUCAUGGCUCAAACGAAAAUCUUUUAAGUUUUAUGAAAUGUCUAAAGGACAGAGGGGUUAGUAUAGAAACCCAAGAAGCAAUGGCUGUUGAAGAAGCAAAUUCUUUAAUGUUAAAACUAAAAGCUCAGCUUGAGCCAUUCAGAUAUGUUGCGGAUGAAGCAAGUCCAUGGGAAGAGAAAUCAGCAGUGGCCAAGUUUACGAAUAAAGUGCAUAAGUCUAAACGGAAUAAACUCUGGAGGAAGAAAAAAAGGAAGCGUAUUGCAGAAAUGCUGGCAAAGGAGCACGAGCAAUUUGAUCAAAUUGACCGAGAGGCUGAUGAAUGGAGGGCUAGGGAGAUUGCCAAGGAAAUUGCAAGUAUCAAGGUAAAAAAGAUGAACGAAAUUGGAGAGCUUAAAGUCAAAGAAGAGAAGAAGAAAUUAGAGUCUGAGCUCGAGUUGCUCUUGAUGGAGGAGAAACUUAAAGAAUUACGCUCCAUAAGGAUACAAAAGUUGAAAAAACAAGGCCAUUUUCUCCCAGAGGAAGAUGAUAAAUUUUUUGAGAGAGUUCAGGCUGCAGUGGAAGAAGAGGAGCGUGAAGCUUUGGCUGCAGCUGAAACAGAUGCUGCUAAAGAUGCAAUUGCAACUGCCGAGGAAUCCAGGAAAGCCAUGCAGAACCAAGGGAAACUUUCGAAAGAAAGCAAUGAUGAAAGUCAGAUUAAGGAGAACAACGGGCAAAUAGUCCAUAGUGUAACCGAAGAGGGAUUAGAUGCAACUGAUGAGAAGAAAUCUAGUAACAUAGCAUCUGAAGGACAGAACUAUGGAGGAGCUUAUGAUCCUUUGGCCAAUUUACCGAUUGAGUUCUAUCAUUAUUAUCAUGGAAGCAACAAUGACAUGGGCACAUUGAUCGAGGUUAGAAGAGGAUGGGAUGCAUAUAUCCGACCAGGAGGAAGUCGCAUACCAGGACACUGGGUUCAGCCUCCUCCUCCAGCCAACGAGAUAUGGGCAUCUUACUUGGUGAGGUCUAAAAGAUAAGUUUGUAAAAUCAUCACCAGCAUUGCAUAAAUAUAUCAUCUGAUAUGUUUUGAAGGUUUGAACGGUUUUCCUGGCAAGCCCCGGUGUAAGCUUUUUGGCAGCAUGUUUAUAUUUCUAAUAUAGAAUUUCCAUUGUGUAAAAUUCCAGUGCUGAUCGUCAUUUUUUUAGGUUGAUAAUUAUCAUUGUUGAAUGUACUAGGAAAGAAGGAAAAUAAUUUUGGAAUGAUGUUUCUAAAUUAUAGUUUAUAAUACUUGUGAUUAUGGAUUAAAUGAAAUUUGUACAAGUCUUUUACUCUGCUCUUUAUGCAGAAAUGAUAGUGAUUUGGAUUGAAGGAUA